UCUCACUCACAAGCAAGCAUCAUGGCGGACGUACUGGAUCUUCAUGAAGCGGGAGGCGAAGACUUUCCUAUGGACGAGGAUGGCGAUGAGAGCAUUCAUAAGUUAAAAGAGAAAGCCAAGAAGAGGAAAGGUCGUGGAUUUGGAUCUGAGGAAGGAGCCAGAUCUAGAGUCAGAGAGGACUAUGACACAGUAGAACAGGAUGGAGAUGAGCCUGGACCACAGAGAUCUGUUGAAGGAUGGAUUCUGUUUGUGACCGGUGUUCACGAGGAGGCAACAGAGGAGGAUGUCCACGACAAGUUUGCAGAGUUUGGAGAAAUCAAGAACUUGCAUUUAAAUUUGGACAGGAGAACCGGUUACCUUAAGGGCUAUGCAUUGGUGGAGUACGAGACCUACAAAGAAGCACAGGCUGCAAUGGAGGGUCUGAAUGGUCAAGAACUUAUGGGACAACCAAUCAGUGUUGACUGGUGCUUUGUAAGGGGACCCCCGAAGAGCAAGAGGAGGGGUGGAAGGAGGCGCAGCAGGAGUCCUGACAGACGGCGACGCUGAUUUUACCCCUGUUUGCCUCCGGUGUCUGUUUCCCAGCCGCUGUGGGAUCAUUUUUCAACACAGUUUGGAGUCAGAUUGAAGUGUAUCUCUUUAAAUAAAGGUUUUAGUGGGUUUUUUCCUCGUAAUUGUUAGUUUUUCAGCAUCUGCCUGGUGGCAUUUUGUUAAUGAAGUUGCUGACACGUACAUGUUAAACCUGUUGGUAUUUUCAACACCAUUUUAUUUACUUUUUUUUUGUACAAAGUGGAAGUUCACUUUAAAAUGUAUGUGGAUUGACAUGUAUUCACUCAUUGAAACUCGUUGUUGUGAGUAGUGAUCUGUAUAUUUCCAAUAAAUUAAUUUGGA